UGAUCUAAACAGCCAGAUGACUGUCAUUGACUCUGGGGGAUUUGGAUGGUGCAGCACACAUGCUAACAUGCUAACUUCUGUGUUCUGCAGGAGACUCUUUGAACUCAGUGACCUUUGACAUUUCAAUGGAAGAUGGCGGCUCAUCAGUGGUGGAACAGGCCAAUGUCUGGAUCUUCCUGAAGGUGACGAAGGGAAGCCGAGCAAAAGGCAAAGUCAUGCUGCAGCUGCUUCAGCGCCACAGUGAUGAAGAGGAUGAUGGUGGUGAGGAACGCAGUGUUUCAGAAAAGAUGGUGGAUACUAGGCGAAGCGGCUGGCACACCCUUGCCAUCUCUCAACAUGUUCAGAAGUUGUUGGACGGCGGAGGCAGCUCACUUGACCUGCAGGUUUUCUGCCCACUGUGCACCGAGGGCGGCGCCUCACCCGUACUGGUAACGGGAGCAGGGGGGCGGGAUCAGUCUCACCGCCCGUUUCUCAUGGUGGUACUGCGAGCUCGAGAGGAGGCCACCCAGCGACGAGUCAAACGAGGUCUGGAGUGCGACGGGAGAACUCGACUCUGCUGCAAACGUCAAUUUUAUGUGGACUUCAAAGACAUCGGCUGGAGUGACUGGAUCAUUGCGCCGUCUGGUUACCACGCCAACUACUGCGAGGGUGACUGUCCAAACCACAUGGCGAGCUUCGGCGGCUCGUCCUUCCACUCAACAGUUAUUAACCAUUAUCGCUUAAGAGGCCAUGGUGCAUUUCAAAACACCCGGUCAUGCUGUGUGCCAACAAAGCUUCGCGCCAUGUCCAUGCUGUACUUCAACGAGGAGCAGAGGAUCAUCAAGAAAGACAUUCAGGACAUGAUCGUCGAGGAGUGCGGCUGCUCGUAACCAUGGAGACAACACGUUUACUGCACGUGGGCAGGACUUCUGUUUAGUGACAAACAUGUCGUCUGUUAUUGGAACAGACUCUUUUCCACAUUGGAACGACCGAAACAUCUAUGCAACCCGUUAUCAGUCUGAGUCCUUCCUCCAAGACUGUCGCUCUAUUGUUUUAUUAACAGUUCUUCUGUUUACUGUUAUUGUUUUCUAUUGUUUUCUAUUGUUUUAUAAACAGUUCUUCUGUUUACUGUUAU